AUGAAAUCGUCCAUAUGCCUCUGUACUGCAGCCCUGGCGGCCGUUGGCCAGGCUACAGCAAAUCAACCACUGUACAAGAACCCUCAUGCCUCAAUUGAUGACAGAGUAUCAGAUCUGCUCAAGCGCAUGUCUGUCAAGGAAAAGAUGGCUCAAUUGAUUCAAGGCGACAUGUCCAACUAUCUCGAUCUCACAUACGGCACGUUCAACAAAACGGGUCUCGAGUGGAACAUGGAGUACCGGGCCAACUCGGUAUGGACGGGCUAUUAUACCAACAUGACGACGGUUAAAAAGGCAGCUCAACUGGCACAGGAUUAUCUGGCCAAAGAAACAGAAUUAGGCAUUCCCGCUUUUGUCCAGAGCGAAGGCCUUCACGGAUUUUUGGGGUUGAAUGCGACCAUCUUCAACUCCCCAAUUGGCAUGGCAUGCUCAUUUAAUCCUGAACUCGUUGAGGAGAUGGCGAGGGCUAUUGCGACGGAAAGUCUAGCCCUUGGAGUCAACCAGCUUUUCGCUCCGCUAGCUGAUCUUGCCCGAGAGUUGAGAUAUGGCCGAGUGGAGGAAUGUUUCAGCGAAGACCCUUAUUUGACGGGAGAGAUGGCAUACAGCUUUGCCAAAGGACUUCAAGAACAAGGCGUCUCGGCAACAAUCAAGCAUUUUGCUGCGUUUGCAUCACCGGAGCAGGGCAUCAACACUUCUCCGGUGCACGGAGGUGAACGUGAAUUAAGGUCUCUGUAUCUUCCACCGUUUAAGAGAGCCAUUAUCGAUAGCGGUGCUACUUCUAUCAUGUCAUCUUACAACUCAUACGAUGGCGUCCCGAUUGUUGCGAACUCGGAUGUCCUUACUGACAUUCUUCGAGGCGAAUGGGGCUAUAAAUAUUUUGUUACUUCCGACGCUGGUGGCACUGCUCGCCUUGCCAAUGCCUUUUAUGUCUGCGAAAUUGAAGAUAACGAUUGUAUCACUCUAGAGGCUCUGCCUGCUGGCAACGAUGUCGAGAUGGGUGGUGGAUAUUAUAGCUUCGAGUCUAUCCCUGAACUGAUCGAAUCGGGAAAAUUGAGUGAGAACAUCUUGGAUACUGCCGUUUCCCGCGUGCUCCGCGCGAAAUUCACAAUCGGACUCUUUGAGAAGCCUUUUACUGGCGUUUCUGACAAAGACAUCUUCAAACACAUCAACACCGAGGAACAUAAACAAAUAGCCCGACAGCUUGACUCAGAGAGCAUCGUGCUCCUCGAGAAUCACGAAAAUAUUCUCCCCUUGAAGAAGGAUGCGAAUGUCGCCGUAAUUGGCCCCAUGGCUCAUGGCUAUGUCAACUACGGAGACUACGUGAUUCACACCGCAAUGACCCGAGGCGUCACCCCUCUCGAUGGUAUCAAUGCUGUCAGCAAAGGCAAAGUCGCUUACGCCAAAGGAUGCGAGCGCUGGUCCAACGACGAAUCCGGAUUUGAUGAAGCCAUUGCCGCCGCCGAAGCAUCAGAUGUCGCCAUUGUCGUUGUUGGGACUUGGUCGCGAGACCAGAAUGAGCUUUGGAGUGGCUUUAACGCGACUACUGGCGAGCACAUCGACGUGAGCAACUUGAACCUCGUCGGCGCCAUGCCUCGUCUGGUCAAGGCCAUUAUCGGCACCGGAAAGCCUACGAUCGUUGUAUACAGUUCCGGAAAGCCCAUCACGGAGCCGUGGAUAUCAGAGGAGGCAUCUGCUCUGGUUCAGCAAUUCUAUCAGUCUGAGCAGGGCGGGUACGCUCUUGCAGACGUUCUGUACGGCAACGUCAAUCCUUCCGGCAAGCUCUCUGUGAGCUUCCCUUAUGAUGUUGGAACUUUGCCCAUCUAUUACGAUUACCUCAACUCUGCGCGGUCUUAUCCCAACCCGGGCCAUGUGUAUGAUAACGGCACCAUUGUGUUUGGUAGCACGUAUGUUCUCGAGAAUCCUACGGCACUCUACGAAUUCGGAUACGGCCUCUCGUACAGUCAAUUCAAAUUCUCCGACAUUUCUGUUUCCAAGUCUCGCGUUUCCGCUUCUGAUACCGUAACUGUCUCUGUAAAAGUGACAAACACAUCAAAGCGAGAUGGUGCAGAGGUUGUCCAGCUUUACGUCAAGGACGUCCUGGCGUCUGUAGAGGUACCACGUUAUCAGCUCAAGGGCUUCAAAAAAGUGACUGUCAAGGCCGGUAAAUCUACAACUGUCAAAAUUGACCUUGCAGUGGAGGAUUGGGGUCUCUGGAACCGCAAGAUGCAGUACGUUGUUGAGCCUGGAGAAUUCACAGUGCUUGUGGGCAACUCUAGUGAGAAGUUUCAGGGCAAUGUAACAGUCAUCGUUUCAUGA